AUGGCCAUGGCACGGCCCAUACGGGCCUUGGUUGUCGUGUCCGUCAUGCUGUGGUGCUUCUUCAUCUACCUCAUCUUGGGACCCCAAAAGGAAAUCCACCUGCCAGAGCGCUACAGCCAUGAGCGCGAUCCCAACCUAGACCUGACUGGCGAACCCGAGGGCACCCUGACCUACGCCUCGGAAGCCUACGCGCCCGGCAUCGAGAACUCGGCACGCAUCAACGCGACGCUGCUGGCCCUGGUCAGGAACGAGGAGCUCCCCGGCAUGCUGUCGUCGAUGCGCGACCUCGAGCGCACCUGGAACCACAAGUUCAACUACCCGUGGACCUUCUUCAACGACGUCCCCUUCACCGACGAGUUCAAGCGCCGCACCGCCGCCGCCACCAAGGCCGAGGUCCGCUACGAGGUCAUCCCCAAGGAGCACUGGGACAUGCCGUCGUGGAUCAACAAGGACCUCUACCACGAGUCGACCAAGAUGCUCAAGGAGAACGGCAUCCAGUACGCCGACAAGGUCUCCUACCACUCCAUGUGCCGCUGGAACAGCGGCAUGUUCUACAAGCACCCGGCCCUCGCCACGACGCGCUACUACUGGCGCGUCGAGCCCAAGGUGCACUUCUUCUGCGAUGUCGACUACGACGUCUUCCGCUACAUGCACGACAACAACAAGACCACACCAAGGAGGCCAACGGCUACUCGACCUGCCACUUCUGGAGCAACUUUGAGAUUGGCGACAUGGACUUUUGGCGCAGCAAGCCCUACGAGGACUACUUUGACCACCUCGACCGCGCCGGCGGCUUCUUCUACGAGCGCUGGGGCGACGCCCCCGUCCACAGCAUCGCCCUCGGCCUGUUUGAGGACGCGAGCCGGCUUCACUGGUGGGAUCCCUGUCUUUUUUUCUUUUUUUUUUUUUGGUAUCAUGGUACUCACACAGCACAGGUUCCGCGACAUUGGCUACCAGCACAUACCCUUCUUCAACUGCCCCAACUCGCCCAAAUGCCGGGGCUGCAAGGCCGGCAAGUUCACGGACGGCGAGAACUGGCUGCACCGGGAGGACUGCAGGCCCAACUGGUUCAAGUAUGUCGGCAUGGGUUGA